UAUCACGAUGAAUAAUGAUGAUUUUUGGGUUGGUGGACGAACCAACUCGAAGAAAAUGAACUCGUCCAAACCACAGUGGGAACAAGUUGGUGAAGCUUUUGUUCAACACUAUUACAAUACCUUUGACAGUUCUCGAUCCAACCUCGGUCCUCUAUACAGGGAAAACUCCAUGCUCACUUUUGAAGGAGAGAAGUAUAUGGGCGUUCAACAAAUCGUUGGAAAACUUUCGGCUCUUCCUUUUCAAAAGGUGCAACACCAGAUAGUAACUUGUGAUUGUCAACCAACACAGACACAACCUAGUGGAAUUUUGGUGUUCGUUAAUGGUAAUCUUCUAGUCGAUGAUAGUCAAAAUCCGCUCAAGUUUUCGCAAUGUUUUUAUUUACUUCCUGACUCUACCAACGCCGCAAGUUACUGGGUUCAUAACGAUAUGUUUCGUCUAAACUACGGUUAAAAGUCAAACAUUUUUUGUGUUGCCUUUUCCAUUACAAAAUAAACACUGGUCGUUUUUGUUUCCAUUU